UGCUCAGAGUGUGGGAAGAGUUUUACUACGCAGAGUAAUCUCAAACAACAUCAGCGUAUUCACACAGGAGAGAAGCCAUAUCACUGCUCAGAGUGUGGGAAGAGUUUUACUACACAGAGUAAUCUCCAACAACACCAGCGUAUUCACACAGGAGAGAAACCAUAUCACUGCUCAGAGUGUGGGAACAGUUUUGCUCAAAGUAGUGCUCUUAAAGUACACCUGCGUGUUCACACAGGACAGAAACCAUAUUACUGCUUAGAGUGUGGAAAGAGUUUUGCUCAACAGGUUAACCUCCAAAAACACCAGCGUAUUCACACAGGAGAGAAACCGUAUCACUGCUUGGAGUGUGGAAAGAGUUUUGCUGGACAUAGUACCCUUCAAAAACACCAGCGUGUUCACACAGGAGAGAAACCGUAUAACUGCACAGAGUGUGGAAAGAGUUUUAUUCAAAGUAGUGACCUUAAGGUACACCAGCAUGUUCACACUGGAGAAAAGCCGUAUCACUGCUCAGAAUGUGGAAAGAGUUUUGCUCAACAGGUGAACCUCCAAAAACACCAGCGUGUUCACACAGGAGAGAAACCGUAUCACUGCUCAGAGUGUGAAAAGAGUUUUGCUCAACAGGGUUACCUUCAAAAACACCAGCGUAUUCACACAGGAGUGAAACCGUAUCACUGCUCAGAGUGUGGAAACAGUUUUGUUGAACAUAGUACCCUUCAAAAACACCAGCGUAUUCACACAGGAGAGAAACCGUAUAACUGCACUGUGUGUGGAAAGAGUUUUACUCAAAGUAGUGUCCUUAAAGUACACCAGCGUAUUCACACAGGAGAGAAGCCAUAUAACUGCACAGAGUGUGGAAAGAGUUUUACUCAAAGUAGUGACCUUAAAGUACACCAGCGUAUUCACACAGGAGAGAAACCGUAUAACUGCACUGAGUGUGGAAAGAGUUUUACUCAAAGUAGUGACCUUAAAGUACACCAGCGUAUUCACACAGGAGAGAAACCGUAUAACUGCAGUGAGUGUGGAAAGAGUUUUACUCAAAAUAGUGACCUUAAAGUACACCAGCGUAUUCACACAGGAGAGAAACCGUAUAACUGCACUGUGUGUGGAAAGAGUUUUACUCAAAGUAGUGUCCUUAAAGUACACCAGCGUAUUCACACAGGAGAGAAGCCAUAUAACUGCACAGAGUGUGGAAAGAGUUUUACUCAAAGUAGUGACCUUAAAGUACACCAGCGUAUUCACACAGGAGAGAAACCGUAUAACUGCACUGAGUGUGUAAAGAGUUUUACUCAAAGUAGUGACCUUAAAGUACACCAGCGUAUUCACACAGGAGAGAAACCGUAUAACUGCACUGUGUGUGGAAAGAGUUUUACUCAAAGUAGUGUCCUUAAAGUACACCAGCGUAUUCACACAGGAGAGAAGCCAUAUAACUGCACAGAGUGUGGAAAGAGUUUUACUCAAAAUAGUGACCUUAAAGUACACCAGCGUAUUCACACAGGAGAGAAACCGUACGUCUGCUCACAGUGUGGGAAGAGCUUCAGUACCCGGGGUGCUCUCAAAAUACACCAGCGCAUUCACACUAGAGAGAAACCAUAUCAGUGCUCACAGUGUGGGAAGAGUUUUAUUACACAGAGUAAUCUCAAAAAACACCAGCGCAUUCACACUGGAGAGAAACCGUAUCAGUGCUCACAGUGUGGAAAGAGUUUUAAUGGACAGAGCCAUCUCAAAAUACACCAGCGCAUUCACACUGGAGAGAAACCAUAUCAGUGCUCACAGUGUGGAAAGAGUUUUAAUGGACAGAGUGCUCUGAAAAGACACCAGCACAUUCACACUGGAGAGAAACCGUAUCAGUGCUCACAGUGUGGAAAGAGUUUUAAUAGACAGAGUGCUCUCAAAACACACAAGCGCAUUCACACUGGAGAGAAACCGUAUCAGUGCUCACAGUGUGGAAAGAGUUUUAAUGGACAGAGUGAUCUCAAAAUACACCAGCGCAUUCACACUGGGGAGAAACCGUAUCAGUGCUCACAGUGUGGAAAGAGUUUUAAUGUACAGACUAAUCUUAAAAAACACCAGCGCAUUCACACUGAAGAGAAACCGUAUCAGUGCUCACAGUGUGGAAAGAGUUUUAAUCAACAGAGUGCUCUCAAAAUACACCAGCGCAUUCACACUGGAGAGAAACCGUAUCAGUGCUCACAGUGUGGAAAGAGUUUUAAUGGACAGAGUAAUCUCAAAAAACACCAGCGCAUUCACACUGGAGAGAAACCAUAUCAGUGCUCACAGUGUGGGAAGAGUUUUAAUGGACAGAGUAAUCUCAAAAUACACCAGCGCAUUCACACUGGAGAGAAACCGUAUCAGUGCUCACAGUGUGGAAAGAGUUUUAAUAGACAGAGUCAUCUCAAAAUACACCAGCGCAUUCACAUUGGAGAGAAACCAUAUCAGUGCUCACAGUGUGGAAAGAGUUUUAAUGGACAGAGUGAUCUGAAAAUACACCAGCGCAUUCACACUGGAGAGAAACCAUAUCACUGCUCACAGUGUGGAAAGAGUUUUAAUAUUUAGAGUAAUCUCAAAAAACACCAGCGCAUUCACAUUUUACAGAAAUGAUGCUCACAGUGUUGGGGAGAAAUGGUU